AUGGAGCAAGAGACUCGCGACGCAUCUGCGUUGAUAGCGUCUCUGCAACAAGCUUGUCGACGCCCACUUUUUGUGGAUAUCGUCGCUAGCCGAGCGAGAUUGGCCAAGAAACGUGCGUCUGGCGUUGUGAAUGAGGACGAUCCGACCAGACGAAACGAGCCGCUGCCACCAGACGCUUCGACUUCGGCUCAGACGUCGACGCAGCUCCAAUCCCGAAAAAACGAAGCGAAACCAACGCAAACAUGGAUCGAGCUUUUACAAGAAGCUACCUCCCUUUUACCCGUCUUGACUGAAGAUCAGCACGGGGAAGUUUUGCGUUUGGCUUCGAUUUUGCUUCUCGGUUUUGUGCUGCCUCAUUCGACUGGCAACGAACUCUGCUUGUUAGAAAAUGCUCCCCGACACAAAUAUCAGACUGCCGAAGGUUCCGAGCUUGACGUAAUGGCCGGUGACGACUAUAUCCUACAGAUGCCCCUAGAAGAUCGCCUAUCCAAGGCUGUACAUCACAAUGAUGCCAACGAAUUUGGUGAAUACGAUACCCUCAUGGAUCCCUUUGUCGAAGUGGCUUUCCAUCAAUUCCUUUCCGAAGGGAUCACGCCCUUGCUGGAACGAAGACCUGCCCAUCGCACGCAAGUAGACCUAUGGCAUGUCAUCGCUAUGAUCAUUGACCCUCGGCCACUCUUGGAAUCUUUGCCAGACCGACUACAACGGUUGAACGACUCGCACGCCGCGUAUUGGUUGAAGACACGUCGCCUCAUGCAAAGCACGACGCCAGUCCACUUUCAAGCAAAUUAUGAUCACCGGUGGCGUCUUGCGCAACUCGUAGCUCGAAGCGCGACUUGGCCGGUCUUGGAGGAUGAAACAGCGACUGAUCCAGUGGGGCCACUUUUGUACGGUGCCAUGUUUCAUUUGCAAACCUCGCUCCGCUGUUUCGGUCAACGCGCCAUCUCCAAAAGAGAUGCCCACAUAGCACACUGUGCACUCGUUUCUAUGGCCUGCCAAGCUCGAAACGUACCUUUGCUGCUGGAAGAAUGGCGUUAUUUACUGCACCUUACGAUAAAAGAUCGUAGUUUGUGUCCGGUGGAUGACUGCAGUCGGAGCGAAACAUCCGAACAAAUUCUGCAACCCGAACUGCCGCUUCCACGGACGUCGUCGAGAUUUUGUCCACACGUGGCACGGGGACGUUUGUUAGGAAACUUUGCCGUGCGUAGUGGUAGACGCGGAACAUCGGAGCCGGAUCUAUUUGUACAGGAGGCCUUGCGCUCUUUGACGGAUGUGAUUGAAUGGCAAACCGACUGUUGGGACGCAUCUGACGAGGCAAUAGUCACUGAGGACUCGAGACUUUAUCCACCUUGUUUGCUGGAGUCGCUUCUUUGCGCCACGAAGCAACUCGCAUGUUUCCGCCCUGCCGUUAAUGAGGAAGUAGUGCAGUGUGCUAUUCAACUGUUGCGGCAUUCUCAUUGCGGUAUAGCGUCGGAGGCCGCAAACAUGUUAGUGAUGGUUUUUCACUAUGCUCCUAAACACUCGGUCGACAGCUUUGUCUUCAAAAUCUUGGAAUCAAUCAAAUUAAUAAUGGAGCACACCGCAAAAUCGCUGCUUUUUGUGGAGGAUCUAGUGGGGUCACUUGCUCAACACUCCCCUCCGUUUGCUUCGAAUCUCUUUCUUCAUCUUCUAGACAAGACAAGCAAAGUUGCGAAUCGAGAAGCAAUCGACCGUCUGGUGGCAAUGGUAGCGACCAACUGUCCUAUGGUGGUAGCCAGAAACUACAAUAAGCUUUUUACAAUGUUUCAGAAUCGAACAGAGCUGUCGCCUCACAUCGCAGUAGCACUCUUAUCGAGCCGCCAAACCUAUUUUUUCAACGCGGAAAGUGACAAACACGACAAAAUCACACAGAACAUUGUUUCUUUGGAAGCCAAUGGGUGGACGCUUUUUCAAAUUGCGCGGCAGUGCCUCUUACUUGGGAACUUUGCCCAAGCAUUAACUUUGUACAAGGCAGUCGCAUCUUCGUUUCUGUUGAGUGAAAAAAACUACGUGUGGGUGUGCGCUCUCGAAAAGAUUGCUUCCGGUGAAGCCCUUUUGAUACAGCAUGGGGCGACAGGAAUCCCCCAUGCUGCAGAGGAUCUACACACGGCUGUAUCAUACUUGCAAUUCUUGCAAUCUUUUUCCGACGUGCGUAAAGAAGGUUUCUCGUUCCAGAUUCGGUUUCUUCUAUUGCGCCUUGACUUUCUCGACCUCGUCACCAUUCUUCGGCAUCUGACGAUGCAAAUGCGAUUGACGGCAAGUGGUCCAACCAAACAUACACGCUCGUACAAUCAUUUGCGCAACACCAUCAUCGGGUUCGGUGCGCUUGCCUCUCGGUAUAAGGGCGCUUUUCAACGCCACGGAAUGUGCUUUAAAUACGGAUUUUCCGGAACGUGCUUGCGUGUAUUGGAAGUGCUGUCGAGCAUGAUGAAAGAAGCUUCCGUUGCGGUAUUCUUGGACAUCAUAUCGGUACCGAUGAAGAAGGAUGUUCUUUCCAUUGACAUUCAGUUAGGAGAUGCGAGAGAUCCCUUGUCUAUGUUGCUACGACAUUUGGAUGAACUCGUUGUGCAACCGAUGAGAAUUUCGGUCGACUCUGUGGCACGAGCCGCAGCCCUGCUGGAAGUCAUUGAAGGAGUCCUGAUGGUUCCCAUCCCUUUUCCCAGGGACUUUAUGUGCCUUUCACCGACUAUACCUGCUUUUUUACGAUUGUCAGCCCAACCGGAAGAAUUUAACGAGCACGGAGUACAUAGAUUCACAACAAUUGAGGCGCACCCAUCAGUGGGGUUUUCCUUUUGUGCAACGGGUCGCUUUCCACAAGCUUUGCUACAGCAAUCGAAAAAACACGUAUCUAAAGCUCUCAUCUGGUAUCAAGUCUAUUAUGACGGACCUUUGCGCGAGGAUGAGUUCCAACCAGACGAACAGCUGGAUGAGUAUCAUCUCACCCCACCAAUACAAGCAUCCAUCGCGGCGAAGGUGUCUCUGCUUUCUACUAGCUCACCGGCUGUGGCACCUCUUUCUUUGGAUGGUUUCUUCUUCAUUUCAAUAGACUGUCCGCCUUUGUUUGACGAAGGUUGGUACAGCAUCAAAGCAUGCUUGGGUGGCAGAGACGUAUCAGGAGGGGAAUGGGAAAUACCCACGAACGGACGGACGCAAUCGAUUUCAAUUCGAAACACGCGGUCGAGAUGAUGUCGAUUUUUUGUCUCACAGUCAAUCAGUUCAGGAUUCGGGGUGGGAUUAUUUUUCGCGUUGUUGGUUACAUGUUAAUUCGAAGCUCUCUUCUUUGUCUACAAUGUAAACUUGACAAAUAUAUUUUUGUGAU